AUGACUGCCCCCAACAAAAACGUUGUCUUCGACGUCGUCGGCACACUCGUCAGCUAUGAGCAUCUCUAUGAAUCCAUUAAAAACCGCCUGGGCGAUAAGCUCAUCCCCCGGGGCAUCCAGCCCACGCUUCUCGGUAUCUGCUGGCUAGAGAUGGCAGAGCGCGAAUACACAUACCUCUCGCUUCACGGCCAAUACGUGCAAUUCCUCAAGCUCUUUGAGGCUCUGUUCUACCGCUGCCUUCACUACUCUGGCAUUGAAAAUCCCCGCUCUUUUGCAAGCGCAGAGGAUGUUGCUUACAUCAUGAACGAGUUCAAGGAAUUGAAGCUCAGGGACGGUGCUGCAGAGUGUAUCCAGAAGCUUCGCGAUGCGGGCUUUACUGUCUGGUGCUUCACGACUGGGGAUAUCUCCCGCGUGGGGGGAUAUUUCUCAAAGGCUGGCGUGGAUCUGCCGGCUGAGAAUUUAUUAUCUUGUGAUACGGAUGGAGUGGCGAAGCCAUGCCCUGAGGCAUAUAAGCCUAUUCUGAACAAGCUAGCUACUCCUGGUUCCAAGCCUUGGUUCGCGGCUGCGCAUCUUUGGGAUGCGUCUGGAGCACAGUCUGUUGGGUUUAAGACUGCUUAUAGUACUGUAUUGGAGGGCGAAUACCUUUCUGAGAUCUAUGGAGAGUUGGAUGUGGUCGCUGAAACGCUGCCUGCCAUGGCAGACAAGAUUAUCGUGGCCAAAUAG